GCUGUCAAUAGUGUCAGUGUCAAUUGCUUUGUGAGGCGUGGAAAUGAAAAGUGAUCGAUUGAUGUAAUUUGUGCUCGUGAGAUAAUUGCUUGACCUAAUAAAGAGAAAUUGUAUAAAGAGAAAAGCUUUCAUAUUGCUGUAGAACCGGUUCAACGACUAAUUCAUAAUGUCGGAGACGCGGAAGAACCAUCACAAUAUAGAUGGGGGGCAAGUGAAUGAGGACGACCACGUCGCCUCAUACAAGCCAAUUCCGGAGUCCGAUGCAGGAUUCCGCACAUCCAAGUCGAGCCUGGGCAAGUCCAAGGAGAAGGUCGACGAAGCCGAAGAGCGUCUGCUGAAGGGUGACCUGGGCGAGAAAGUCGUGUGCGUGGACAUGGCCGACGCCAAAUAUGUCGUCGGGGACCACAGGAAUGGCGACGCCAAGAUUGAGCUGGACGCUAACAAGAGACAAUAUUCCGGCUUGACGAAAGAGGAACUACUCAAAUAUGCCGACGAUCCGUUCUGGGUGCGCUUGCGCUGGUUCAUGUUCGUGCUGUUCUGGGCCCUGUGGCUCGCCAUGCUGGCCGGGGCCGUCGCGAUCAUCAUUAGAGCCCCGAAGUGCUCGCCGCCGCCUCCGAAGAAGUGGUUCGAGAAAGGUCCCCUUGUAGAUUUGACUCCCCUAGACAGCCUGCCAGAAAUCGAAGAGAAGCUGCCACUCCUGGGAGCUAACAAAGUCCAGGGUGUGUUCGUGGACGCUGUGCCGACGUACGAGGUGCUGGAGGAGCCUGAGCUGGUGGAGCAGAUCAAGCAGUUGGUUGAGAAGGCCAAGAGUUAUGGUGUCAAGGUGAUCGUGGACCUUACCCCGAACUUCGUGUCCAACGCGUCUAAUUGGUUCCAACUGAGCGCCAACCGGUCCGAGGAGUAUGAUGACUACUUCAUCUGGAGCAAGCCCACGGAGUAUGACGCGGCUGGUAAUCCGAUACCGCCUAACAAGUGGGUGUCAACGUUAAACGAGCCGGCGUGGACGCUGCACCCGGAACGCAAGGAGUUCUACCUCCACCAGUACCGCGCCGACCAGCCGGACCUGAACUUCAGGAACGAGGCCGUCAAGAAACACUUCGACGAUGUUCUUAAUAUAUAUGUGAACGCCGGAGUGGGAGGCGUGAGACUCGUCCACGCCCGCCAAGCCCUAGUCAACGCGUCGCUACAGGACGAGGAGAAGGACACGUCUCACCGCGCCCUGGGCGCCACCCACGACUCGUACGCGUUCUGGCGGCACCGGCGCACGCGCGACCAGCCGCAGCUGGCCGCGCUGCUGGCCCGCUGGGGCGCCGUCGUCAACCCGGACUCUGCUGGUAUGUCGUCUAUGUAUGCCAUGCUAGUUUGGCAGCGAGGAGGAUUGCUUCGGCUACUGCGAUUUCUGAGCAGUUUGGAACCCAAUUCAAAUGUAAAUCUACUACCACCAGCGGAGCGCGUGUUCACACUGCGCGAGUCGACUCGCCCCGAGCUGCACCUGCUGCGGCACAAUGUGACCCUCUCGCCGCCCAGCGCCGCGCCCGUGCCCGUGCUGCCGGAAGGCGCCGACACCGCCGCUGAAAUACUUAAUACUUAUUUGAACACUGACAAUUGGAACGCUUUACAGUUGACAGGAGACUCUGAAGUGGAGUGGGCUGAGUUUGCGUUACUGCUGCCCGCCGCGCCCGUCAUCGACCUCUCUCAGCUCGACGAAGAGGACAACGCUACGUCGCGCGGCGUCUUGUCACAUUUAGUGCCCAUUCGCGAGGACGCGAGCAUCCAGCACGGUCACACCAUCUUCAGGACUGUGAACACCACCAGUGGAGUGAAGGUGCUUGUGGUUGCCAGAUGGAAGGCGGGCCACACGGGCUACCUGUCGGUGCUGAACCCGAGCCCCCGCGCGGGCGAGGCGGCGCUGGCGCUGCCGUCCGUGCCGGCGACGCUCUCCGUGCACCACGUCACCGCCGGCGCAGCCGCCGCUAAUUACACAAACCACAUGUCGGUAGACAGAGACUCCGUUCUCGUCCCGGCCAAGACUGCCCUGAUCCUGUCUUACGUUCCGGGACAAUUCCCGGAAGACUAAAACUGUCUUACGGAUUGUCAAAACUGUCUCAGUAAGCUGGACCAGCCGCUUGCGCACUGUAGCGCGGUUAUUUCGCAUUCCUUUUUUUAUAGACACGUAAUAAAUAUCAGUUUUGAAGCAUUUUGUGUUUAA